UGCUUUUACGGCUGGAAAUUAUAAAUUAGCAUGGGAGAUGCUUUGUAAUAGGUACGAUAGAUAAUACUAGGCUGUUAGUGAAUAAUCACUUGAAAUCAUUAUUUUCCUUUCAACCUCUUACUAAGGAAUCUCACCAAUCAUUGCGUUAUAUGAUUGAUUAUUUUACCAAAAAUUUACGAUCACUUAAUGUUUUAAAUGAACCGACCGAUUCUUGGGAUACAUUAAUUAUAUUUAUGAUGACGACCAAACUAGAUGGCGUCACUAGUUGUAAAUGGGAGGAAUAUAGAAGUUCUUUACCGGACUCUCUCUGCCUGGACGAUUUUUAUAUAUUUCUUCGUAAUCGAGCUGAUAUUUUAGAAACACUACAAUUUAACAAAUCUGAUAAUUUUAAAUACGAAAAAGGUUCUCAUAGAUAUGAUCCAAAAGUAACAAGAUCCUUUGUAAUAACCAAUAAACGCACAAAUAAUAAAUCUUGUGUUGUUUGCAAAGGGAAUCAUUUAUUACAUAAUUGCGAUCAGUUUAGAAACAUGAAAGUGGAAACUCGGUUGAGUGAAGUUGCCAGACUUAAUCUUUGCGCCAACUGUCUGCGACCGGGCCAUCGUCCCUCUCGAUGUUUUCGUCAAUGCUGUCGUCUAUGUAACAUAAAACACAAUACGUUUUUGCAUAUGGAAGAGGUAGGUAAUACUAAAUUAAUUAAAGAUAAUGUUCUAUCUCAUUCUCCAGGCAAAGACAGUGAACUACCUCACUCACCCGGCAGCGUUCACGGCGACGAUAAUAAUACCGAAGUUUCGUUGUCCGCCGUGAUGCCCGGCCCAGUGUUAUUAUGUACUGCGCAAGUCGACGUUUUAGACCCAAUCUCGAAUAAAUAUUUUUCUGUUAAGGCGCUUUUAGAUAAUGGCAGCCAGUCGUCGUUGAAGGACGAGCAACCACCGAUGAAGUGGAUACUGGGACGUAUUCACGCACUGCACAAUGGACCAGACGGAAUAUGCCGAGUCGUUGAUGUAACAACAUCCAAGGGCGUCAUCAAGAGAGCCCUGAACAGGGUCUGCUAUCUGCCUACAAAGGAUUCCUAUUAGCUUCUUGAAACCACAAGUUUCAAGGGGGGGGGAGUAUGUUAACGACGAAUGAGCGCGACUUCACCAUAGCAACGACUUGACAAGAGAUAACGAAAAUUUGUAGAAAAUAAAUGUACUUCUUGUGAAGAUUUAAGUUUUUAUUCAUAGA